AUGGGAAAUGAAGAUGCUCAAAAGCAUGAAGAAGGUAAAGGCAUAGAGGAACAAGAGUUACUUAUCCAUCAAAACCUUGCCAAAGAACCACAAAAGGAAGUGGAACAACACGUUGAAAUUUCGAAAGUCAUGCAACCUUUACCCAAAAUACCUCCACCAUUUCCCCAAUGCUUAAAGAAGAAGAAUGAAGAUGAGAAGUUCAACAAGUUCUUGUCGGUGUUCAAGACAUUAUCAAUCAACCUCCACCUUGUGGAGGCAUUGUUGAAAAUUGCAAUCAUAACUAAGGAGCUAAUCAAAAAGAGAGAAGAUCCCGGGGCAUUCACCAUCCCUUGCACCAUUGGCAUGCUCCAAUUCCCUAAAGCUUUAUGUGAUUUGGGGGCAAGCAUUAACUUAAUGCCCUAUGCGAUAUACAAACAACUUGGGUUGGGAGAACCAAAAGCAACCACAAUGAGACUCCUAAUGGCUGACCGUUCUAUCAAGCAUCCUGUGGGGAUACUUUACGACAUCUUGGUGAAGGUUGAGCGAUUCAUUUUCCCGGUCGAUUUUGUCAUUCUUGAUUAUGAAAUAGAUGCUAAAAUUCCCAUUAUUUUGGGAAGACCAUUCUUAGCAACGGAAAGAGCAUUGGUGGAUGUUGAAAGCGGAGAGUUGAAGUUUCGGGUGAACGAAGAUGAAGUGACCUUCAAUGUUUGUAAUUCAAUGAAACACCCAACUGAUAUUAAUGUGAUGUCUACCGUUGAUGUUAUCAAUUAG